AUGACCUCCUCGCUCUUUGCGACAACUGUGUUUGCCAGCUUCUUCGUUGUUGCCCUACCACACAUUCUGCCCUGUCCGGCCCCAAGAGUGGCCUUGGCCGACGGCCAGAUGGCGGAAGACGGAUCAAUAAUUCGGCGGCGGAGGCGGCGGAGACUACGAGAGGACGCACCUGGCGGAGCCGUGGCCACCACCGAGGUCCAGACUGGAGUAGAUGGGAUGGCGCGGUUCGCCGGCAUGGAAAACAACCUUGGGGCCGGUGGGCAGCGGAGGGCCGAACGCGAGUGUCCGAUACCAAAGCCGGGAGGCGUCGUUGGUGAGCUGCUGGGAUUUGGUCGCAGCGAAAAACAGCAGGAGAACGCCACGGCGCAGCCUCUUCAGACUCGGGAGGCAACCAAUGCGUCGUCAAUACCGAGGUAG